ACAAUAAAUGCACGAUUGUCAAAGAAUUUAGUUGCAAUACAGAUUACAAAUAUAAUACAAAUCGUUGUAAAUCGGUAGAAAGAAGGUGAAGUGGAAAAGAAAGCACGCAAAUAUUAUAAACAAUACUAUUAUUGUAUAAAUGUGCUGGGCACUUUUAUUGUUUAAGUCAUUGGUGGAACUUGUCGUUAAGAAAAGUUUUAGGUUGCAGUAUUGCCUUACAACGGGUGAGAAGUAAAGUAGAGGUCCAGGAUGUGGGAUUCUUCGGUAUUCCUGAGCACACUAACGCCAAAGUUUUAUGUUGCUCUGACUGGUACAUCAAGCCUCAUUUCCGGGUUGAUUUUAAUAUUUGAAUGGUGGUAUUUUCGUAAAUAUGGGACUUCGUUCAUAGAACAAGUAUCAAUAAACCAUAUUAGCCCAUGGAUAAAUGGAAGUGAGGCUCAAAGCGAGACUAAUGGGAAUGGAAAUAAUGGAAGUGCAAAUGGGACGGGUAGUAGUAAUAGUAAUCAGACAGCAGGAGCGAGUCAGCAAAUGCCGGAGUGCAAAGUUUGGCGAAAUCCGUUGAAUUUAUAUCGUGGAGCGGAAUAUCAACGUUUUUUUUGGGCAACAAGUAAAGAGCCUCUUACAUAUUACGACAUGAAUUUAAGUGCACAGGAUCAUCAGACCUUUUUUACAUGUGAAGGUGAUACUAGAAAAGAAGAAUACGAAAUAAUGCAAACCGCUUGGCGUGAACGCAACCCUGUUCAGCGAAUAAAAUCGGCUCACAAUGCACUUGAAAUCAAUCCAGACUGUGCGUCUGCUUAUAUUUUAUUGGCCGAAGAAGAGGCAACUACUAUCGUAGAAGCGGAGAAGAUUUUAAAAAAUGCACUAAAAGUAGCAGAGACCAACUAUCGGAGAUCACAAGCCACCCAGCAUCAAGGUCCUAUAGCUGAGGGUAUACAUCGUCGUGAUACGAAUGUGUUAAUCUAUAUUAAGCGACGUCUAGCAAUGUGUGCACGGAAGCUUGGAAAACUGAAGGAGGCCGCAAAAAUAUUUCGUGAUCUAAGUAAGGAGAUUCCAUCUAUAAUGAAUGUACUAAACGUACAUGAAAAUCUCAUCGAGACUUUGCUUGAGAUGCAAGCAUAUGCCGACUGUCAAGCAGUUUUGGCUAAGUAUGAUGACAUUUCGUUACCUAAGUCGGCAACAAUAUGUUACACCGCUGCUUUGUUAAAAGCACGUGCAGUGGCAGAUAAAUUUUCUCCCGAUAUAGCCUCAAAACGUGGACUUAGCUCAGUUGAAAUGAGUGCUGUGGAAGCGAUCCAUCGGGCUGUUGAAUUUAAUCCACACGUACCGAAGUAUUUGUUGGAAACAAAACCACUGAUUCUACCGCCAGAACACAUAUUGAAGCGUGGCGAUUCAGAGGCACUUGCAUAUGCUUUUUUUCAUCUAAAACAUUGGAAAAAUGUGGAUGGAGCAUUAAAUUUAUUGCAUUGUACAUGGGAAGGUACGUUUCGUAUGUUACCGUAUCCGUUAGAGCGCGGCCAUUUAUUCUAUCCCUAUCCGACAUGUACAGAGUGCGCUGAUCGGGAAUUGCUUCCGUCGUUUCAUGAGGUGUCAGUUUACCCCAAAAAGGAAUUGCCCUUUUUUAUUUUGUUUACCGCGGGACUUUGCUCUUUUACUGCUCUUUUAGCUCUGCUUACACAUCAGUAUCCUGAGCCGAUGGGUGCACUCGCUCAAACUGUACUUAUUUGGAUCUCUUAUCCAUUUCAUCUGUUGAAGGAACGUAUUGAAGCAUUGUGGCCAUGCAACUUUCUUCACCAGCUGACUCGCGUUUGAAUCCAUAUGGAAAAACUUUAAAAUUAAAUUGAUAGUUUUAGUCUCAUUAACAAGUUUUGGUGAAUGAUUUAAAAUAUUAAAUAUAAAUAUCCAGCCUAA